AUGGCUCUUGCACGCCAUAUAAGGCUUGUGGUUAAACCACUUGUGGAGAUUCCUGGCGUCGAUGAUGUCGAAUCGGCGCUGAAGAAAUGCAAUGCAACCGGGCUGGUAGAAAUCGACGAAGAUAAUGCAGUGUGUCGCUCCACAGCCGAUUGCAGCCGCAACGGUGGUCGUGCCGUUAGCGACAGUAGCGUCGGCAACACUGCUGUUGACUCAGUGCGCCAGGAAUGCAGAAGCGUGGCAAGACGUGAUGCAGCACCGGCAAAAUUACACCGCGAAACUCUCGUGUGGACGAGCCAUGAUGGUAUCACGCAGGUUAGGUUUUGUUCUGAUCAGUCAGAGUUUGAACUGACGGGGACAGAUGUUAAGCCGCUAGACGAAUACACCAUUGUGGCGUUUUACGGCUCCGUGGAGCGAGGAUGUGAAGACGUAUUGAAGGAGCGCUUCGUUUCACAUGAAAGCGCCACAGAGGCUCUGAUGAGACUUACGGGUUCAUUCAGCAUUGUGUACGUGUCGUUCAGAACAAAUACAGUUUACGUGUUCAAGGACGAGAUCGGCAUCAGGUCUUUGCUAUGGGGGCGCCACGAUGGAGUUAUCACGGUAACAGACGUGGCUUUCGGAAAGCAAACCGAGUGGUAUGAAAUACCGCCGGAAUUCAUGAUAACUAUACAUGAUGAAAUAAAAGUGGUCAAUAGAGGAUUAACGAUGCUGCAGAAACUGUGCCACCAAAGUAAGAUCGCAUAUUCUGUGCUGACCAUCGAUGAUGUUAACCACGCGAUACAGCUGGUGUACGACGGUAUCGCCAGCGCUGUAGUGGAGCUCUGUGACAGCAGGAGUAUCCGUGAUCGAGUGACUAUUCUGUUCUCGGGCGGGCUCGACUCGAGCCUGUUGGCCUCGAUGGUGGCCCAACACGUUAAAGAUCUUGAAUGCAUAGAACUAGUUAAUGUAGCUUUCAAACCCAAAGUGGCGCCGGAUAGAAUUACAGCCAUAUGCACGUACGAGGAUCUAACAAGGAUCUACCCGGAGGUGAACUUCAAAUUAAUCCUGGUCGACGUGGAAACUGAAGAGUACAAAAAAGUUGAACAGGAACUGAUGGCAAGAAUCAUGCCAAACAACACACACAUGGAUUUGAACAUCGCAGCUGCGCUACACUAUGCAGUGGCACUCAAAGGAACGGUCAUGCAACCGCAAUUCAUCCACACGGAAGAGUGGCAAGAGAUCAAGCAGAAUGUUGCCCUCAUGAAAUCCAUUAACCUAAGGGUUACAAUUUCAAAGGGUUCUGAUACACAAACAAACAACGAAGAACUCGAUGGUGGUAAAGAUGGGACAUGUGAAAACGAGCAUUCGACGGACAAUACCAGGAAGCACGACCGCCAUGCCAAAACAGCAUCUGAUGAAUCUGAUGUUGUCGACGUACUCUGGGAACAACUCAUCCAACUUCGUGGUAGCGUCAAUGCGGCUGAUGAAGAUUACACUUCACCCUCAAAACAUGUGAUCAUUGGGAGUGGCGCUGACGAACUGUUCGGAGGCUAUGGCAGACACGCUGUAGCGCCGCCAACAGCGGACGUUUCUUUCUCAAAAGAGGUAAACAAGGAUAUACGGAGGCUAUGGAAACGCAAUCUGGGCAGGGACGAUCGUGUGGUCAACGCUCAAGGGGUCACGGCCCUCUACCCAUUCUUACAUCCAUCGGUUAUUAGAGUGCUCACGCAUCUGAAACUAAACGCUGCUACAGUUGUAGACGCGUUAGAAUGCCCGGAAUGGGUGAAAAGUCUGGGAGUGUAUCAGUCCUUGCAGUACAGUACCUUCAAGAAUUGCGAAUUCCUACAUGACCGCCGCAACAGAGAGGUCGCAAUAUACAUCAACAAGUGGAUACUGCGUGAAAUCGCAGUACGGAUUGGACUUAAGCAUUGCGUGCAUUUCAAAAAAAGGGCCAUACAAUUUGGAACUAGAAGUGCAAAGACGUUCAACAGGCUGCGAGGGAUGUCAAACAGGGUUGCAAGCGACAAAGGUGCGACAAUAAUUAUGAAUAACGAUCUUUGA